ACACACACACACUCCAUGAAAUCAAUUAGGAUUGUUUUCCUCCCAUGUUAGGAUCUUCAUCCGCCCACCUCGGCUCUGAUUUGACAAAUAUCUGGUGUCAUAAUGCCUCACCCUACCGGCCUAUAUAAGAAACACAAAGUUCUGCAGGAGUCCAGAAAAACGAAGAGCGCAAACCCGAGAAGCCGCGUUUUCCAGUGCGUAAAGAGCGUGCGUAAAGACGAUCCCAAGCAUGGAGAGGUCAGCCAGGUUCGCCGUGGUAUGCGUCGGAGUGUCUCUGCUCAUCUCCUGCCAGUCAGCGGAAGCCUGGUACAAGCAGUCGACUGGACCCAGUUACUACUCGGUGGGUCGCGCCUCCGGUCUGCUGUCCGGUAUCAGGAGGUCACCGUACGUGCGGAGAGCCGAGACCGAGGAGGCGGUGGCGGACAGCGGCGAGGUUGCAGGUAACGUGAUGUCAGAGACUAACAGGCAAGUCUCCAUCCUCAAAAACAUGGACAUCUGUCUGAAGGACAUCUCUCCAAACCUGAAGAGCUGCGAGCUGCUGCAGGACGGUUCGGGCACCUUCCAGUGUAAGGCGGACGUCUUCCUCACCCUGGACUCCCUGGACUGCCUGUCCGCGUGAGCCUGCUCAGGCAGCGCGCGGAUAGAAGUUUACCGGGAAAAAGAGAAUUCCCCAAACAGAGGAGGGAUGUGGGGUUAGGGAGGACGUAGUUGGCACCGGGGGAAAAAACGGGUUUUCCACAGAUGGACGGCUGCGGAUUCCGGAUAUUAAAGACAGAAACUUGUCAUAUAUUAUUAAUGCAAGAAAGUUAAACUCUGUUAAUUUGUGUCCUCAAACUGCGUUCCCUGGAAAUGACCUGUAUUUAUUUAUUUAUUUAAACAAAUAAACACAAAUACCA